GUCACGGAAACUGAACAUCCGACAAUAAGCUGUGUUUGAUCAGACACACUGAGGUGAAGAAAUCUUGCUGCCGCCUACGCGCUGUGUCAGGUUGCACGACAUGAACAACUCGACCUGAUGUGUGUACUGAUGUUGUGGACUGACCCUCUGUUACCAUGGUUUUGACAUCAGACAGCGCCAAUCUGGUGCCAAGCCCAGAAUCUUCUGCCACACCAUUAUUACCUCCAUGCCGCAUUUGUGAGGAGAAGGCUUCAGGCCUUCACUAUGGGGUGAACACAUGCGAGGCAUGUAAGGGCUUUUUCAGAAGAAGUUUGAACAGGAAAGUGCCGUACCGAUGCUCAGGCAGCAAAACCUGUAAUAUAGGACCUGGCAAAAGAAAUAGUUGUGCUUACUGUAGGUUUCAAAAAUGUCUGGAUUGUGGUAUGUCCAAAGAUGCCAUUAAGACCGGGCGAUACACACACGAGAAAAGAACCCGCGACAUAGAGGAAGUAAAGAGGCUGAUGGGAAAGGAGGACAAAGAACCUAUGUGUAUAGACACGCCCAUGUCUGACUCUCCGUGUUGUAAGUCCAUUGUCAGAGAGGAAGACAUUGAGGUGGAGAGUAUUGUGGAGCUAGUGGUGAAGGCCAGUACACAGUUUGAUAUCCAUGCCAAGCUCGUGGAGUCCAAGGAGGAUUUAUUCCUCAAACAACAAGAAUAUUAUGAACAUUAUAAACUGAAGGGUCAGAUAUUUGGCACACUGAACACUUUAUCAAAGCAAGAAUACCGAGCAUUUUACGAAGCAACAGGGAUUGAUCUUGAUGACAGACGGCAGAUGGUGAAAGGGUUGACAGUGGUCAUGGAACAAGGCAUCAUGAGAUAUAUACAGUUUGCCAAGGCCAUUCCCGAGUUUGAGACCCUGACACUGGAUGACCAGGCCUCCCUUAUCAAAAGUUCCCGGUUUGAGUACUGGUUCUUGUGUACGUACAGGUGGAUGAACUCUGACCUCCAGGUUGGCAUCUCUCCCACGGGCCAGUGUUACCAUGUACAGGAGAUCGCCCGUGUCUGGGAGAUAGACUUUGUCACAGAGGUGUUUGCCAUGUCAAAACGAUUUCAGAACCUGAAACUCUCCCUGGAGGAAACAUCAUUACUUAAGGCUAUUGUCAUCACAUUUACUGACCGAUGUACCUUGGGGAAUGACAAACAGGUGGAGGAAAUCCAGUGGAAAUUAGUGCUGUGUUUGAAACACUAUGUAGAGAAGGUACACCCGGAGGAGAAGCUGAGGUUUGCUCGUAUCAUCGACCGCAUCACAGCUCUGAGGGACUUGACUGAGUGGAACUAUAAGCUGGCAAACAGUCUCAAAAUGGAGUGGCCAGAAAUUCAGGGAUCACCUCUGUUGUAUGAAAUCCUGACCUUGUAAUGACAGGUGCAGAGAGAGAAUCAGAGAUAGGUCAGAAAUACAAGGAGCACCUUUCUUGUUAGAAAUGCUGACAUUUGUAGUUAUGGGUCUGUAUAGUGAAUCCAAGAUCAGGGAUCACUUCAUUUGUACAAGAUCCUGACCUUGUAAUACUGGGUCUGGAAAGUGAAUCGGACAGUGGCCAGAAAUGCAGGGAUCACCUCACUUGUCCAAAAUCCAGACCUUGUAGUGAUUGGUCUGGAGGGUGAAUCGAACAGUGGCCAGAAAUACGGGGAUCACUUGUCGUGUAUCGAAUCCUGGCCUUGUAUGUCCAGGGCUGCGAAGUGAAUCAGAGAUGUUUAAAUGUACGCCAAUUUGACAGCUACAGAACCAGUUUAAAAUGUGCUUGAUUGGCUAAGACCCAGUUCUGACCCUGCUCAAAGGAAAGCUCAACAUGGGCAUGACAAUUGUUAUCGGUGACUGACAUCUGUGUGAACGAGAACCAGAUGUGAAUGUAAUUGUUGGGAACAAGAAAGCGAAUGUUCUUGUGCUGACGAAAUGGAUAUUAUUACAGGGUUUUUUACACUACAUGGUGCCUUUUGAGAAAAAAGCCGUUAAAAUAUAUUUUCACAACAUGUAUGUAUACAUGUACAGAUGUAGAUGACAGCUGUGUGUAGAUUCAAUUGUCGUAGGUACUGGAACAUAUCUAUACAUAUAUGCACACACAUGUAUUCCCAGAGCUGUGAUUUUAUGUAUUUUCUGUGUGUAUUUGGCGAGUGAUGUUAGUAUGAUGAACCAGGUAAACAGUGACAAUCACUCACCAAAUACAAAGUAAUGACAGCUGAAAUUGCAAGACUUCAGAAGCCUGGUGAAGUGAUGUAUGUGUAUUGUGGCUGGCUUGGAAUGGUGCUCUAUAGUAUGUGUGAUUAUUUGCUUAUUCACUGCAAAGGAGUUUGUCCAGAAGUAUUCCAACACAAGGCAGGUUCUGAACUAGGUGUGAACCGCAAUGAUGUCCAAUAUUAUGAUUCUGCACGACAGACGAAAGAACUGCCCUGAACUGAACUUCAGGGUAAAAUGUAGGGGUGGUCCAGUGCUGGUCUGGACAUGCUGUUACAAACCUGGUCUGCACAUGCUGUUACAAACCUGUGCUGAAUAUGCUGUUGCAGGCCUGUGCUGGAUAUGCUGUUGUA